CGCUUUACUUGUCUAAGUAGACGACGUGCAUUUAGUUCCAUACAAUUUUGGCUUGUUUUUAAUUUAAUAAGUUUAACCAAUUUAAAAACUAACAAGUUAUAGAACAUAUCUGUAGGAAGUACCUAAAUAGUCAUAAUAAGAGGCCUCUGGUAUCUAGAGUUUCUUCGGAAAUGACUUCCUCGGGAAAUCUGCCGUGGGUGGAAAAAUAUCGACCAAAACAGUUGGAUGACUUGAUUUCUCACCAAGAUAUCAUUUCAACAAUUCGCAAGUUCAUAAAUGAAAAUCGAUUACCUCAUUUACUUUUUUAUGGACCUCCUGGAACUGGAAAAACAAGCACCAUUCUUGCAUGCGCCAAAGAACUGUAUACACCCCAGCAAUUCAAUUCCAUGGUUCUUGAACUAAAUGCUUCUGAUGACCGAGGCAUCAAUGUUGUAAGAAAUCAGAUCAUGAGUUUUGCUAGCACAAGAUCAAUAUUCAAAUCAGGCUUCAAACUUAUUAUCUUGGAUGAAGCUGAUGCUAUGACUAAUGAUGCUCAAAAUGCUCUUAGAAGAGUAAUUGAAAAGUUUACUGAAAAUGUUCGGUUUUGUCUCAUCUGUAAUUACAUGAGUAAGAUCAUACCAGCUAUCCAGUCACGCUGCACUCGUUUCCGAUUCGGCCCAUUAAAAUCAGAUCAAAUUUUACCUCGGAUGAAUUACGUAAUUGAAGAAGAAAAAAUUAAGGUCACGGAAGAUGGGCGUCAAGCUUUGUUGAGCUUAGCUCAUGGCGACAUGCGUCGUGUCAUAAAUAUUCUUCAAAGCACCUCAAUGGCUUUUGAUGAAGUGAAUGAAGAUCAUGUUUACACUUGCGUCGGUCAUCCUCUUAAAUCGGAUAUUGCAAAUGUUGUUUCGUGGAUGUUAAACGAAGAUUUAACUUCAGCUUAUAGUAAAAUACGCGAUCUUCAAACUUUCAAAGGCCUCGCUUUGCAAGAUAUCUUAACUGAAACGCACUUAUACGUUCACAAAAUCGAAUUUCCGCCGAACGUCCGAGUCUUUUUACUGGAGAAGAUGGCUGAUGUUGAAUAUCGUUUGUCUGCGGGGUGCUCUGAAAAAUUACAACUCGGAUCCUUGCUUGCUGCCUUUGAUUCAAUUAAAUAUUUAAUUGCUAAAGAAGUGUCAGUAAAUUAAAAUUAUCCUAAUCUAAUUCUUCUGGUGUAAGGAGUUGUACUUCCUAUAUUACAUCAACUAUUCAUAUA